CAUCAUUCACCUUUACAUGUACUUACCUUCAAAAGCCUACUUUCCCCUGUAGAUCACUCUCAUCUUGGCUGAGGAAAAAAAAAUGGCAGGCACUGACCCUCAACACCAUUUCCAUGACGAACUUUCCCAUGCAGAGACCCAAACAACCAGUAUUGAUCCCAAACGAGGGGGUUGGAUUACCUUCCCCUUCAUCACAGUUGGGGUGAUGGGUCUGACGUUGGCGUCUGCGGGAUGGACAUCAAACCUUAUCGUCUAUCUGAUCGAAGAGUUCAACGUGAAGAGUGUCAAUGCCACCCAGAUCGCCAACAUCGUCUACGGUUGCACCAGUCUCUUCCCCGUUGCCGGUGCCAUCCUCGCCGACUCCAUAUUCGGCUGCUUCUCCAUCGUCACCUUCUCUUCUAUUAUCUCUUUUCUGGGUAUAAUUUUGUUAACCUUAACGGCGAUGCUACACUCCCUUAGUCCUUCACAGGGUGAAAUGCCGUCAAGGCUUCAACUGGGGGUUCUAUAUAGUGCCUUAACACUGGGGUCGAUAGGGCUCGGGGGCACUCGCUUCACCAUAGCAACGAUGGGUGCGGAUCAAUUGGACAAGCCAAAGGAUCAGCGGGUGUUCUUCAACUGGUACUCCUUCACUCUCUACUUCGCUUUCGUCAUCAGCUCCACGGUCAUCGUCUACGUAGAGGACAACGUUGGAUGGGGUUGGGGGUUUGGGUUAUGUGCCGGCACUAACGCCGUUGGCUUGGCCGUUUUCAUGGCCGGGAAACGAUAUUAUCGUAGUGUGAAACCAAAGGGGAGCCCUUUUAUAAGCUUGGCUAGGGUUGUGGUCGCAACCAUUCGAAAAUGGAAGAUAGAGUUGGUAUCUUCUUCCCAAACCCAAAGUUUGCAGAAUUCUUAUUACUAUGGCACCAGUGAGGUUGCAAAUUUGCCCUCUUCACCUCCUACUUCAAGCUUCAGAUUCCUGAACCGUGCAGCUCUAAAAACUGAAGGGGACACCAGACCGGACGGCUCAAUCACAAAGUCAUGGAGGCUAUGCACAGUGGAGCAAGUCGAAGACCUCAAAACCCUACUCCGACUCUUCCCUCUCUGGUCCACCAGCAUCUUCUUGAGCACCCCAAUUGGAAUCCAGAGCAGCCUCACUAUUCUCCAAGCCCUCACCAUGGAUCGCCACCUUGGGCCCCACUUCCAAAUCCCUGCUGGCUCCUUAUCCGUCUUCACUCUCCUAUCCACGUCUAUCUCCGUCUCUAUCAUCGACCGUUUCCUCCCUUCAAUGUGGCGUAAGCUUACUGGUCAUUCAUGGACCCCACUUCAACAAAUAGGGAUUGGCCACAUCCUCAACAUCAUGGCCAUGGCAGGGUCUGCCCUCGUGGAGUCGAAGCGGCUCCACAUCAUCCGGUCCCACCAACUCCAGAACACGUUAUCCGUCCUUCCGAUGUCAGCAUUUUUGUUGGCAGUGCCACUUGUCAUCCACGGUGCCGGUGAAGCCUUACAAUUCACAGGACAGUUGUCUUUAUACUAUCAAGAAUUUCCGGUGCCGAUGAGAAGCACGGCGACGGCUAUGAUUGCACUGAUCAUUGGCAUCGGCUUCUAUAUGAGCACGGCGAUGACCGAUUGGGUACGAAGGAUCACCGGUUGGUUACCGGAUAAUAUAAACCAAGGGAGGAUGGAUUGCGUGUACUGGAUGUUGGUGGUGAUAGGAGUGGCCAAUUUCAGUUAUUACCUAAUGUGCGCCAGGUUGUACAAGUACCUACAUGUUGACGAGAGAGACACCACGAAUUCCAACUCAGAGACCAAGAUUAAUAGAUUGAACGGUUCAGAUCGUAUUGGGGGGGUGAGUUGACCUAAGCUUUGUAUCAAAAUUGGUAAUAAUUGAAAAUAGACGAAGGCUUUGGAAUUGGUAGAUUUCAAGUGGCAAG